AUGGGGCUGCGAGUGGGGUCAAUGACACGCACCCCGACCCACGCUGGGGCACUGAUACAGGACGUUAGUCACCCGUGGGGUGUACGCGCAAAGCUACGUAACACGGAUUGUGAUGUGGGGAGUGAAAGCGGCGACAUGUGCCCGGCGCCGCUCGCUUUGUCGAGUGUGGACCUCGUCGCCAUAUGGCGUGCUCAUGGAGAGCUUAUCUGCCACUGGGUCGAAUGUAAAAUCGAAAAUUUGCACCGACCGACAUACGCCCGCCGGUCAUUAGCUGCGAUGGCCGAAGUGGCGAUUGGGAGUAAU